AUGGCCACUAGUACCACCACCAACGGCGCCGGCGCUACCGCAGCGAACCAUGGUGCGAAUGGCGCGCCAGCAGCUGGCCGUGACCACGUUGUCAUCUUCCCGUUCAUGGCGAAAGGUCACACGCUUCCGCUGGUCCACUUCGCCACGGCCCUCUCGGUGCACCAUAAAAGCCUGAGCGUCACCCUACUCACGACCCCGGCAAACCGCGCGUUCGCCGCCAGCCGCCUUCCCUCCUCGGUGCGCCUCGUCGAGCUCCCCUUCCCGUCGCUGCCGCCACUGCCAGCCGGCGUCGAGUCCACCGACGCCCUCCCGUCCAUGUCCCUCUUCCCGACGUUCCUGCGUGCUACGGCGCUCCUACGGGAGCCCUUCGCCCAGUUCCUGACGUCGCUGCCGUCCCCGCCGCUCGCGCUCGUCUCCGACUUCUUCCUCGGUUUCACGCACCGCGUCGCGACGGCCACCGGCGUCCGCCGCGUCGUGUUCCACGGUAUGUCCUGCUUCUCCAUGGCCAUCUGCAAGGCACUCGUCACCCGCCCACCGGCGGUGGCCAGCGUCGACCUCGGCGCUCCGUUCCACGUGCACGGCAUGCCGGAACACGUGGCGAUCACGGCGGAUGAGGUCCCCGACGUUGUGGUGAAGUUCGCGGACAUGAAGGACCCCGUGACCCGCUUCUUCAUCGACGAAGUGGGCUUCUCGGACGUGCUCAGCUGGGGCGUCCUGGUGAACAGCGUGGCCGCGCUGGACGAGGACUAUGUCGCGUCGCUCGAGUCGUUCUACCUGCAUCCUGGCUCCCGCGCGUGGGUCUCGGGCCCGCUGUUCCUCGCGGCCGGCGACGUGUCGGAGCUCGAGGAAGAGGAAGACCCCGAGGGCUGUCUUGCCUGGCUGGACGAGAACGAGAAGGCGGGGCAGCCGGGACCGGUGGUCUACGUUUCCUUCGGCACCCAGACCCACUUCUCCGACGCGCAGCUCGACGAGAUAGCUCACGGGCUAGUGCAGUCUGGCCACCCUUUCCUGUGGGUGGUCAGGUCCGACACGUGGUCACCGCAAGCUGACGUGGCGCCACAUGGCAAGAUCGUCCGCCGAUGGGUCCCACAGAGAAGCGUUCUGGCCCACAAGGCAGUGGGCGGCUUCGUGAGCCACUGCGGGUGGAACUCGGUCAUGGAGAGUCUCGCCGCCGGGAAGCCCAUCUUGGCUUGGCCGAUGAUAGCCGAACAGCGCCUGAACGCAAGGCAUGUGGCGGACAUCGUCGGCGCCGGCAUUAAGGUUAAGGUUCUGGAGAAGCCGCGCGGCACAGCGGCAGUCGACGUCGUCGUCGGGAGGGCCGAGGUUGAGGAGAAGGUCCGGAAGCUCAUGGACGCGGACAGCGAUGCCGGGAGGAAAAUCAGGGCGAGGGCUACAUGGGCGCAGCAGGCGGCGAUGUCGGCGGUGGGCGAAGGAGGUGCUUCACGCGUCGCGUUGGAGAAGCUUGUGGAUAGGGAUGAAAGUGGUAAUCCGAACUGUUAGAACAAAUUUAAUAUUUUAAAAUAGAUAUGUAUAAAAUUUGAUGUUGAUCUUUUCUUAUGUUAUCAAGC